UGUAGCUUUGAAUCUUUCAUGCAUGUUUGAGGAAUCCUUCAAUCUCCUGUGGCAACCAUUCAGCUGUGCAAAAUGUCUGGGUGGACCUAGAGCUGCAUUUGAGACACAGCUCCUCCUUGGAGCUGCAGUUUCCAAGCUUCUGACUCCCCAACUCAGUUCCUUCAGACUAACUAGCAGGAAUUAGCAAACACCUGGUGGAACUGAAAAACUGCUGGGCUCAUUAUAAAAGCUACUUCUCAGUACAACACUGGUGAAAACAUUGUUAAAGGGUCAGUUGAGGAGCAAUGUUGUAAUGACCUUCUAUAAGCAUAGUUUCUCAAGGACUUUUUAAAGACUGACGCCCAAUUUAAUGGUUAAAUUAAGAAGUAAAACAAGGCAUAUUUUAUAUACAUAGCAUUUCCAUAACAACUGAAGUUAACAUAGUUACUUGAUUACGCUUUGUGCCUGGAAAACACAUAAUGGUGCCCCUUUAAGUUAUGUUUGAUAUGCACAGCACUUUUAUAACCAUUGAAGGUGACAGCUACUUGAUUGAGCUAUAAAAUACAAGUGUGUACCUGGAACAUGAAAGAAGUUCAAGUGUUUUAAUAGGUUCAGGAGUCUGACUCAGAUAAACAUCCCAAAGUGUCCUGAAACCAUUGUGCACCUUUCUGCAUCAUCCAGUGGAACUGGUUGAUGCAGUUCCACUUGUUGGAACUGCAAUUGGACUUUGUAGUGCAAUUUUGGAUUUUAUAGUGCUAUUUAGUGCCAUGUUGUGAUAGCACUACAAAAUCCAAAGUAUUUUGGAUUUUCUCUGAUGUUCAGUUUGCUAACAAAUCUAUAAGGACCGUCAGACAUGCAUGAUGAAUAUAUUGUCAACCUUUCCCAACAGAUUCAUGCUAAUAUUGAAAAUUCAUGGAACGAGGAGGAAGUGUGGCGGGUAGAGAUGUACGUUUCCUUUGGGAUCAUGAGCUUUGGGCUCAUGUCCCUCCUGGCCAUCACCUCCAUUCCUUCUAUCAGCAACUCUCUCAACUGGCGGGAAUUCAGCUUCAUCCAGACCACUCUGGGUUACAUCGCCCUUCUCAUUGCUACUAUUCAUGGCCUACUGUUUGGCUGGAGACGGGCGUUGGAUGAGGAUGCCUACCGCUUUUACCUACCCCCCAGCUUUGUGGUGUCCCUAGCUCUGCCUGUCUGUGUCAUACUGGGAAAGGUGCUAAUGUUGCUUCCCUGUGUAGGUCACAAGCUUCACCAGAUUCGCAAGGGUCUGGACACCAGUCCCUGCAAAGCCCGGCGCCUGGAGCCAGUUGGCUCAGCAGCAAACAUUUCACCAGAGAGAGUUACCAUUAUGUGAUUUACUCCAGUUUUUUGCUCAUUGAUGUGACUAAGCACUUUGUGGUUUUAACUCUAUGAACAUACCAACAUACCACUGUCUUUCUCUCAGCAGUUUGGCUGAUUUGUGUGCUGUGUACAUGUGACCAUGUUAGGUUUUCUCCAAGUAAAGCUGUAGCACUGAAUAACCUUACUGUCAGUAUAAAAAGUCUUCCUCUAGUGUUUUAUGAACACAAUGCUUUCAUUCUUUUAUACUUUUAUUUGAAAUUUUAUACCAGUUGGUUAAAUUCUUGUUCUCCUAAGUCUGGUAAAUCAUCUUUGUGCCUGAAUGUUUCCUAAUCUCCAAGAGAAGUUCUGUCAUUAUUAUGUAGUAGAAAUAAAAACAAUGAUUCAGCAGUUAGUGAAUGCUUUAAACUAAUAACAGUCCCAGUGACUCAUUGAGCCAUUCAUGUCCACUGAGGUUGGACCUGAGAAGGAAGAUGAAGUGGAGCCUGUCCUUUGAAAAUCUUGCAUACAUUCAUGAUUCUCUUCAAAUCCUUUCCCACCUGUAAUGUGACGGAUAUCCUGUACAGCUCGCUGAAAAACAAACCGUUUGGCUUGGUUGUUCGAAGGAAAUGCUAAAAAUAAAAUAUAGCAAUGACCUGGUCGAAUAAGAGUAUACAUUCUGAAAGUAUGGAAUUCUAAAACCGUUCAGUUUUGGGGUUAAAGGUCACUCCACUCUUGCACCUCAAUAUGAAGGUUCUACACAUGGAAUCCUCACUUGAGUUACAGUUUAUGUUACUGCUCUUCUUUUGAUGGAUCUCAACCAGUGACAUGCCAUCAUGGAAAGCAGGAGGCUCUGCCUCACCUGUCAUCAUGGAAAAAUAAUAUAUAAUAUCAUUUAUAUUGCUAUAUUCACCCUGUGGUUUACACUAUAAAGUAUUUAUAUUUCAUUUAGCUUAACUAAUUUUGAUUAUAUUUUUCUUCAUAAUUGCUGAAUUUUUGCAAUUUUCCAUUCAAAUGCAGCUGGUGAGGCAGCAGGAAGCUGAGCCUCACCUUGGAUUGUACAACCUCUCGCUAACUGCGCUGGCUGCCACUCGAUGAGAGCAUGCUCCUCCUGUCUGUAUGUUGCCAAUAAAAUGGUUGAAAACAUU